CAUUUCCUACCUCCUUCCUCUCUUCCUCUCCCUAACAAACGGUAUAGCCAUAGAAAAGUCAAGAGGACAAACAAAGCCAUCCAAAGGCAAGAACUCUUCAAUUUUUUCUUCUCCUUUACGCGUUCUCUCUGGUCCAACUUACCCAUCGUAAACGACGGACUUGAAUCCAUAGACUUCCAUGCAUCACUUCUCUCUCUCACCUGCCUAACUUUCACUUUAAAGUCUCCAGCACCGAUCUUACUCAUCUCUCCGCCACCCCAUAUAAUUUCCACAAACUAAGCACCGAAAUGAAAGCAAUGGAAAACCCCAAUAACCACCACCGCCACCACCACCUUGGCGUCAACCAGCUCGGAAGAACCAUCAAGAAGAUCCCCGCCGCCCCCGCCCACCGCCCUCCGCCGCCCCCGCAAGCCCGCGUCUAUAACAUCAGCAAGAACGACUUCCGCUACGUCGUCCAGCAACUCACCGGCACCCCCACCCGCGACUCCUCCUCCUCGUCCUCCUCCGCCGCCGCCGCCGCCGGCGCUGCCAUCCCCCCUCCGUCCCGCCACCCCCGCGCCAGCCUCCGCCUCCGGCGAAACCGCCCGCCUCCUCUCGCCCCACCCUCCCGCCCCAACCCCGCUCCCAACCCCUCCACCAUCGCCGAUUACAUAAGCUUCAUCGAGAACUCCCUCCUCCACUCCGACGGCUCUCGGCCGACGCCGCCGCCCGGUCCGCCAGCCUUCCCGUCACCCAGGGCCGGCCCCCUGCUGCCGUCGCCGGGGUCGUCGGCGCUGCAGUCGCCGAGCGCAUUUCUGAACUUGGUCUCGCCGCGGUCGCCGUACGCGCUGCUGUCGCCGGGGAUCCAGCAACCCGCGCCGCUAACUCCGAGCUUCCCCUUGUCGCCAGGGUUCCUGCGGCCCAGGCCGCCGCCGCCGCCGCCGUCGCCGGGGUUCUUUCCGCCGUCUCCCUCGGGGUUGUUGCCCUUCGCGAGCCCCAAAUGGAACGAUCUGUAACAUUUUUCUGUAAUCUUCACGACUCGCAAGCGAUUUCCGGGAAGUGUAAAAAAUAACGAAUCUUUUUCUCUCAAACAGAAGCAAACCGAGAGCCACCAAAAAAAACAAAAAGAGGAAAAAAAAUAUUUACUCUUUAAUCUUUUUUUUUUUUUUUACCUAACCUCUUGUAUCAUUGGUUGACAGUAGCAGGCGGUCUGGCUUAUAUAAUUUAUAUGGAGGGUGGAAUAAAUUAGGUAGGUGAAUAGAAAUUAUUGUAAUUCUAUCAUUUUGAUGUUUGGAAAACUGUUGACAGAUUUUUUAGGUGUAGUUAGAUCAGAAUCGGGGUUAGUGAUUAUUGUUUUCUGAAUUAAAUUGAUUAUGGAGUUCUUGCUUGGUACAUAAUUUAUGUACUCUCUGGUUAUAAGGUCAUGGUGUCAUCUAGGGUCUCACUUGUUGCAUGUAAAUGAUCUUUAGUGGUGGUCCCUCAAGUAGAAGUCAUUAAGCUUAAAUGGCAUGAAUGAAAUUAUUGUAGUGAUUUUGCA